AUGAAACAUAUGAGCCCGCUCAGGGCGUUACUUCUGGCCCUCGUUAUGGCUUUCGCCGAGUCAGCUGGAGAAGCUGAUUACACACUAGAUGAUUCGUUUUGGAAUGAAGAAAGCCCAGUAGGAGAAGUGGAGCGGCUUUUGAAAGAGCACCAGCAGAAUCAGGAGCUUGUAGACAAGAUCGGCAGCAGCUACUAUCAAAUCAUCUACCCGGUGCAGUUGCGCCACCACGAGAAAAUGGGAAUCUCAACGCGCGAGGUGAACCCACCAAAGUUUCUUGGAUAUGCGGGUAGUAGCGGUAGUGGCCGAGGACGGUCGAGGACGGGGAAACAUUUUCAUCGAACAUCACUUUUGAUAAAGGCUUUUAAUCAUAAAUUUCGAUUAGAUUUGGAAUUAAAUACACAAUUACUAGCUCCUAACAUUGUACAGAAGCACUAUCUACCAAGCGGGUUCGCUCAGGAUUCACAUCGAGAAAUAGAACACUGCUACUACCACGGUACCGUAAAGGACUAUCCAGGAGCUAGUGCAGCCUUUCACACCUGUAACGGUGUCAGCGGUGUGAUACACGUUGGUAACGAAACAUUUGUUAUUCAUCCAUUUUACGGAGGUGAUUUAUCGCAGAAACAUCCACAUGUUAUCUUUGAAGCACGUACAAAAUCAAAUAAAGGCUGUGCGAACUCCGGCAAUCUCGAGUGGCGUACGCGAUCAAUCCGUCGCGGCAACCAUCACGCUGGACUCGUAGCUAGUGAGCUUGUGGCCCCGGCUGAUAGCCGUGAAGCUGUGCGGUAUAAGCGCGACGUGCGUGAAACCACAAAGUACAUCGAGACGGCCCUUAUCAUCGACAAGGCUAUGUUCCAGAAGCGCAAUGGCAGCACACGCACAGAAGUUGUCCACGAUGCUAUACAGGUGGCCAACAUUGCUGAUCUGUAUUUUCGAACGCUAAAUACACGAGUGUCGGUUGUAUAUAUCGAGACGUGGCAGGGUCAAAACCAGGCUCAGAUCGACGGCGGUAAAGAUAUUAGUAAAGCAAUAUCUAAUUUUAACGACUAUACAUCUAGGAAUUUAUAUAAAAUUGAUAAAGAUACCACCCAGCUAUUAACAGGAGAGACAUUUGCCGGUGGCGAAGUCGGUAUGUCCGUGCCGGAGACCGUCUGUACACCGAAAGCAGUCGGUAUUAGCGUCGAUAUGAAUCCUUAUGAGCCGCAUCUGCUCGCUGGAACGAUGGCACACAUGAUCGGACAUAACAUAGGCAUGGGCCACGAUGAUAACCGCGAAGAGUGCAUCUGUCGUGACUGGCAUGGUUGCAUCAUGUCUCAGUCAAUUGUCGGCCUGGAGAACGUCCAGCCGUAUAAAUUCUCUGAGUGCAGCCGACAAGACUACAUCGACGCGUUGCGGAUCGGACACGGGCUCUGCUUACUAAACAAGCCAAACGAGGUUGAGCUGCGGAAGAACUGCGGAAACGGCAUCGUGGAAGACGACGAGGAGUGUGACUGCGGUAGCGCACUUGACUGUGACAAAACGGACCCGUGUUGUGACGGCAUAACUUGCAAGCUGAAAAAGGAGUCUCAGUGCGCAACCGGUCCCUGCUGUGAUAAAUGUAUUCUAAAGCCACCGGGCGUCAUAUGCCGAGAUGCGCACAACGAGUGCGAUCUACCAGAGUACUGUAGCGGUGACUCUGGUCAGUGUCCACUUGAUGUGCACAAGAAAAACGGGAACCCGUGUGGGAUGAACUCUACCGGAUUCACCACAGGUUAUUGUUUCAAUGGAGUGUGUCCGACGCAAGCCGCUCAGUGUGAACGAGUGUGGGGUUACAGUGGAACUGGCGCCGAUCGUGUGUGCUACGAGCAAUUCAACACCAAAGGCUCAAUCACUGGACAUUGUGGCAAGGAUAUCAGCAACAACUACGUCAAAUGCGAACCAGAAAACAUUCUAUGCGGUUCAUUACAGUGCAAGGACGGAGACCGGACACCGGUGGAAGACUGCAGCGACCAUCUAAACUCCCGCGCCAUAAUCUCUAUCCGAGGCACCGAGUAUGAGUGCAAGUCUAUCACCGGCACCAACUCAAAUGCACCGCCUUUCGGUCUGGUGCGCGACGGUACACCGUGUGGCGAUAAUCUGAUCUGCGUAAAUCAGACAUGCGUUAGCAUCUUUCCAUACAUCGAUCAAACCAAAUGUCCAACGAAUCACAACAACCUUGAGUGCUACGGCAACGGAGAUUGCACCAAUAUGAACAAAUGCUUCUGUAAGUUUGGCUGGACGGGACCAGACUGCUCGAUACAGGCGCAUAUCACUACGACCUUUCCGUCCCCGGUAACGUCCACCACGCCCGAGAGCACGAUCGUGAUGGAGAAGAAAACAACGCGUUACGCUAAUUAUCACGGUUCAAACACAGUGUUUCUAGUCGGUGUUUUAAUGUCGGUUGUUGGUGGAGUUUUUAUAACGUUUGCUCUGAUGGCUUUGUGCUACAGGUCAGUUGUAGUACAUAAUAACUUCUCCUUGUGCCUAAGAAAAAAAACCACACGCCUUAAGUACGAUCCACCGUACGUGAAAAAGCCGAUGGCGAAGUACGUGGGUAGUGUCACGGCAGCCAACCAUCAUUCGCAGGACGACAUUUCGCUCGCUGGCUCGAACAAGCUGAUUUUUGGCAACCAGACCACUCAGUUCAGAGACCACAAAGCCAUUCGCAGGAUGACCGGAUCAGUGAGCGAAGACGAUCCCACUCAUACCGGUGGCCAGGUAGUAGUCGGUGUGGGCGGCCCUGUUUGUGGUACAGGUAGCAGCUCCGGCGGCGGCGGCGGCGGCUCAGGUGGAAUGACCGGCAUAGGAGGCCUCGUCGGGCCAGGAGCAGGGGGUGGGAUCCUCGCGAUCAAUCUCGGAGGAGCCGGCGUUGGUCCUAGCGGCAGCGGUUCAGGCGCCCUGGGAAACCUCGGUGGUGUUCUUGGUACCGUGUCCGACGUAGAACGUACGAUGAAGAGCCUAAACGGUUAUCACGAAGACAUCUUGGAGGCACUUCGAUCGGCGGCACAGGCGCAACGUAGCAGUGCCAACACCCCGUCCGGCAGCAUCAGCGAAGAGCUGCUACGCAAAACAUUAGCCGAGUGCGUGGGAGGCUCGCAAUUGAACACAGCCAACGUUCACCCACCCGAGCGCGAGUACGCCGCAAAACGGAACGUUAGCUCACGGACCGGGUCGCGCGAAAACGUCUGUGAGUCGCAGCCGCACGUGCUAAACGACGCUAGUCAAACUGCUACCUUACUUCACCACCAUCGUCAGCAACAGCAACAACAUUUGGUGCAACAACAACAACAGCAAGCCACUGGGCUGCUGGUAGACGAUGACGACACGCCGUCAGUGGGGCCGCUCCGCAUCCGCAACCUGGAAGAUCUGAUCCGGCAGCUCGAGCACCAUUCUUCACGCCAUAUGAGCCCGAGUGGUUCCGAAGACAUUCGCAUGUCCGAGAAUGAAGCUGAGCGUCACUACCGCGUGGACAGUUCUGCCGCCUGUAGUGAAUCAUCGCACGGCUCAAACCAGCAACUGGCACAGACGCAGAAGACAGCUACUAUACUGCCACCGUACAGCAGCCGCUGUCGACCACCGCGCUCCGACGACGAGAGCCGCUUUGCUUUUGGGAGUGGGCCGGGAGGCGGCAUCGCUAGCGGCUCGGCAGGUGUCAUUGGAGGGGUUGGGGGUGGCUCCGGCACGGGACGGUACCGGCACGGCGCUGGCCGCCAUCCGAGCCACCAGUCUCACUCGCCGCACUCCUUCACCCACCACUCGCACCACAGCCACGCACACAGUAGUCACGCCGCCCAUGCCGGCCACUCGUCCCACCACUCGUCCCACACACAUCUGCACCAGGACGAGGAGGGCAUCUACGAGAGUGCAGAUCCGGUUCAUCAGGCGCAUCCGUUACACCCACACGACCCGCGUACCAGCGCUUUAGAUCAGCGCGACACUAACGACAGUGAAAGUGAUGACUUAUUUCAAGCUCAACAACAAUUAGCCCGAUGGGCGAGUGAGGAUGUGGUAUCCGUGGUGGUAAUGGAACAAGGAACGGAUGCGGCCCACGCGCAAGGUCCAUCAUCAGCCAAUACCACACACGGCCAUAUGCAACAGCAUCCAUCGCAGCAGCAACAGCCGUUGCAUCAUCAUCAACCGCCGCAGCCAGCUCCAGCAUUGGUGCAUCUGCAGCAGCAACCGCUACCGCCACCGCCUCCGCAUCAACUCAUAGACAGCGUCAAUGGAGUGCCAGUAAUGGGCAGUUGUCACAAUAUCAACAAUAUGAACCACCAGGUGAACAGCAGAGACUACUAUCCUUCGCCACCAUCCACCGAGACCGGGAGCAGUGGAAGCGUAAUACAGCCAUUGAGACGUGGACCCAUUACGCCUGGCCCAGGACCCGACGGAAAUCAUAUAAUGGAGAAUACCGGUCGGUAUCCCGAAUAUAAACACUGA